AUGGUGCAAAAGAGGGGAAGAUGGGGCAGGAGAUGAGGUGCUGGGACUCAGGAGGGGGCAGUAAGAUGCAUCAGCUCCAUAGAGAAACACUGCAGACAUUUUCCCAUUUAGGCCUCAGACUAUUAAUAAUCGUACGUAAUCAUUUCUCAUGGCCAGAAAAACCUCUGCCAUGAUGUCACCUGUUCUGUAUUUAUAUGGGAUCACAUGGACAUCCAAUCUAAUGUCCUCACCGCAGGAUAUCUAACAGUAUACGACUAAGGAGCUGCAGAAAAAAAACUAUCAAAAAAUUAUUUUGAAAAAAACAAAGCCUUUGGCUUUCCGGGCAUGCUGGGAGUUGUAGUUUUGAAACAGCUGGAGGCACCCUGGUUUGGAAACACUGCUGUAGGAGUGCCCAUUUAAGGAUCGGGGAUGCAUAAUUCUGGAUUUAAAUAGUAUGAUAAAGUUUCCGAAAGACAACAUCUUGACUGUUGACGUGACCUUUCUAUACAUCGAGCAGAGUCAUGGAGGACCCUGGUGGUCAUCCUCAGGACAGCCUGCCCCCCUCCUCUGAUGAGCAGCCCCCUCCUGAUGGAUAUAACCAAGAAUCAGAAGCGCAGGCCGAACCAGAGAUCACUCCGGAAAGUGAAGAGUUAACUCAGGAGCAGCUUGGCCUUGUGACCCCUCAAUCACAGGACCCCCAGGUGACCUCUGACCCUACAGAGUCCCUCCAGACUGACCCCUCUGCCCCCCAUUUCUCAGAACCUGCAGAACAUGUAGCUGCUACACCUCAAACCUCAGACGCCGGGGAAUCUAAUACUGUGACCCCAGAAAUCUCCCUGAUCCAGGGCGAUCCAAAAAUGAAGGACGAUCCCAAGGAAAACCUGGAGACGGAGAUCUCCUUAGAUACAAUCAGCACCAAAGAUCUUCUAUCCAAGAUUCACCUCCCGCCGUCCCAGGAGACUUUACUGGAUGAGAUAGAGACUGAACUGAGCGGCUCACUGGUGGACUACAAGUUACAUAAUGGAAUGAAUAAAGCUGGGUUAACCCUUAAUAUGCUGGAGCAAUGUGUUCAUGAAAAGUAUCUACAACAGGAAAACACUAUAAAAAGGUUAAUUGAGGAGAACCAGAAGCAUCAUCAGCUGAUCCUGGAUAUCUGCUCUGAGAAGGAUCAUCUAAGAGAAGACCUGAAGAAUCGAGGGGAGACCGAGCUCCAGCACCUGAACACCAUCAGGCAGCUUGAAGGAAGGAUUGAAGAAUUCACCCGAGAACUCAAAAUGGCGAAAGACAGACUGAUUGCACAAGAUGCGACUUCCAGAAACACCAUCCAGCAUCUACAUAAGGAGUUGGCUAUGAGGACGGAGCAGGCAAAUAAAAAGUGCGAGGAGGCCCGACAAGAGAAGGAGGCGAUGGUCAUGAAGUACGUGAGGGGCGAGAAGGAAUCUCUGGAUCUUCGUAAGGAGAAGGAGGUUCUGGAGCGCAAGCUGCGAGAAGCCAACAAGGAGAUCGAGAAGAACAGCGCCAGGAUCAAGAUUCUAACUCAGGAAAAAGGGCGACUGCAUCAGCUGCACGAGGCCAAGGAGAAUGAGACCAGUCGGCAGAGUCGCGAUAUCGAGAAGCUGAAGGAAGAGGUGAAUUCUUACGCCAUCAAAGUGAAGUGGGCUCAUAACAAGUUAAAGACGGAGCUGGACUCGCACAAGGAAACCAAAGACAAACUUCGGGAUACGACGGCCAGAUUAAACCAAGCCAAGGAAGAGGCCGAGCAGAUCCGCAGGAACUGCCAGGAAAUGAUAAAAACGUAUCAGGAGUCUGAAGAAAUUAAGUCCAAUGAACUGGAUGCAAAGCUGCGAGUCACCAAAGUAGAACUACAGAAGCAGAUGCAGGAAAAGACCGACCAUUUGGAGGUUCAUCAUGCUAAAAUGAAGGAACUGGACGACCUGAAGCGAACGUUCACAGAAGGCAUGGACGAGCUCCGCACGUUGCGAACAAAGGUAGACGUGACAAGCUUACAUAUAUGUGUGUUCUGUGCUGUGGGAGUUUCUGGGCCAUUGGAUGUUGGACUAAAGGAAUUUCAUCUUGUAGAUCAGUAA